AUGCAUCUUACAAAGGUCUUGACGAGCCUUCAGAAGUUAGCGGAUGAGUUCGGUGUAGCUGUGGUGAUCACCAAUCAAGUUGUGGCCCAAGUAGAUGGUUCAGCCAUGUUUGCAGGGCCUCAAAUUAAACUAAUUGGUGGUAACAUCAUGGCUCAUGCUUCUACAACAAGGCUAGCUUUGAGGAAAGGAAGGGGGGAAGAACGAAUUUGCAAAGUGAUUAGUUCCCCGCGUUUAGCUGAAGCUGAAGCUAGAAGUGCGUCCACUUCCGAUGAGGAUAUUGAGUACCUGCAGCAGAAGUUGAGCCGUUCUCAUUCUCAUGCUGCUGUAUAUGUAGGCAAAUCACGGCGGCGCUACCUUAUAAGCUCCGGUGUGGCCCAACACCCAUUGUUUCAAGAGCUUGUGGAACGUUCGGGUUCAGGUUUAGAUGACGAGGAUCAUCCCAAUGUGACGAUUGAAUGCGAAGUUGUGUUGUUUGAACAUCUUUUGUGGAUGAUCGAGAAUGCAGAUCCUCAACCUGACGCUUUGCAUGAGCUUGUGGAUUUUUACGCUUGCUGA